AUGUCUUCUGCCAGCUGUGUUCACAUGUACAGUCCUAACCAUGUCUACUCAGCAUACGAAGGGCAUUAUUUGGCCUUGAAAUUCAUAAUUCCAGUUACAUCCCAAACUGCAAUCCAGAAAAGUGGGCAGAGUCCCAUCCACUCAGCAGCAGAUGGCCAACAUCCACAGUGCCUAGAACUCCUCAUUGAAAAUGAUUUUGAUGUCAAUGCCCUCCUGGCAGAACACAUUUCUCAAAGUUAUGAUGAUGAAAGGAAAACAGCACUUUAUUUUGCUGUUUCCCACAAUGACAUCCUCUCAACCGAACUAAUGCUACAAGCUGGUGCAGACCCAAAUAAAGACCCCCUCAACUGCCUCCUUGUAGCAGUGAGAGCUGGCAACCAUGAAAUCGUAAGGUUGCUUCUUUCUUAUGGAGCAAAUGUCAACUGUUACUUUAACCUUGUGAAUGACACCCAUUUCCCCAGUGCUAUUCAGUAUGCCUUGAAUGAUGAGGUAAUGCUGAGGCUCCUGCUGAAUCAUGGAUAUCGCGUGGAUCUGUGUUUUGACUGCAUGCAUGGGGACAUCUUUGGAAAUUCUUUGGUGUGGUCAGCUCUGGGGGAAGAGGAAGUGCUACCAGGAUGGACAUCUUGUGUAAUUAAAGAUAUUCCAUUCUGUGACUUUAUUACUGUUUCUUGGAUGAAGCAUUUAGUUGGAUCCAUUGCUCACAUUUUGAUAGAUUACAUGGACUAUGUUCCCCUGUGCACAAAACUAAAGUUUGUCUUGGAGACACAGAAAGAAUGGGCACAUAUCCGGCAAAUAUUAGAGAGUCCUCGCCCACUAAAGCAUUUGUGCCACCUGAAAAUAUGUAAAUGUAUGGGAUUAGAGAGGAUGCAGAAGCAACAGUCACAGAAGAAGCUUCCCCUUCCGCCAGUUCUUAAAGCAUAUAUCUUAUACAAAGAAUCUCGAUUAGGAGACAGAGCUACGGGACGUGUUGGGUAG